AUGGGAGAUCAAGAUCUUUUUAGACCCAACGACAUAACGAACUCGUACUACCUUCGCAAGUUCUUGGAGGCUACCGAAGGAGAUGACAACGGGAAAAAUGCACCGAAAAAAAUCCUCGUUACUCAGGGUAAGGGCUACGAAUUGUCCGAGAUCAUGAUUGGGAAAAUUCAAUUCAGUGAACGACGACAAAUGGGCAUAACAAAAAACAGGUCGGCGGCCGAACUACACGCUUCACUCGGCGUAUCACGAUACACGGCGGGUAAGAUGAACACGUCCGAACGAAGCCUGAAUCGCAUCUUCAACAUGGGUGGGAAAAGCACCAGGCGACAACGUGGGAGGCCUUAUCCGGCAAUGGAUCAAGAUGUGCUGGAUGUCGCGCUCGAUGAAGAGCCCGCACCGAACCAACAGCACGCUUCCGCCAACACGAAUGCAGGUGAGAAUGUACGGCUGGAGCAAGGACCGCCGGCUCCAGCCGAGGCGCAACAGAAUCCAGCCGAGGCGCAACAGCACCCAGACGACAGCCCAGCAAAGAAGAGUAAGCUGAUCGAGGUAGCACCUAAGAAGAUAACGGAUCGCUUGUAUACUCUUUCGGCAUCCUUUGAUUUAAGAAUGACGCACGAAACGCUUCAGGACCUGAAAGCCCUGGGAGUUGACACCAUCGCAUUCCGAGAUAUGUCCGACAAGGUAUUUUGGACGGCCCUGAUUGCCUUGGAGGCGAGGAUGAAGGUCAUCAUCCCACACGGCUCUUCCAAUCCCGACGCCCACGUCGCCAAUGCCCUUCUGGAAAUGCAGUACGAUGCCGUCCUGCUCUUCGACACUCAGGGGGACCAUGCGGCAACGGAGAAGUUCGCAAGGGAACUCCAGCCAAAGAUGCAAGCGCAGGCAAAACAUGUUCCCAUUGUCGGCGAUGCCGUCCUCUCCGAUUCGCAAAGGAUUCUCGACUUCAUGGCCUUGAAAAUCUCACAGAACUAUGGCGACAAGACGCAGGCGCCCAACAUGGUCAUCUCCAAGGUGCAAACCAUUGUUGACAACGCCAAAAGGGUCCGUGAGGAAUGGGUGAAGAUGAAGCAUGCGAAUGGCCAAGGCGCCAACGGUGCAGGCCCUGGCAAGAAGAAUACUGUAUGCCGGAGGAAUGGAGAAUGCAAGCAGGUCGAUGGCGACGCCAUGCUCAUCAAGCACCCGGAGUCCGAUGGCAAGGAGAAGGAAGCGGGCGAGAAGGCACAGGCAGAUGAGCCGAAGAAGGCGACGGAGAAUGAUGCGGCCGAGAAGCCACAACGACAACCGCAACAGCAGCCACGGCCGGGAUAUAAUAAGAAAGUUGCCGUGAUCGAGCAUCUCGGUGGCUGCAUACUGGGUCUUGCCUCGAACGCCAUUUAUUACGAAGCGCAGAAGAACAAACCAAAGGAGGAAUCGAAGCAGCUGGCGCGACGGGGCUUUUGGGGAGACGUCUGGCGCGGAAUAAGCAAAGGCAAUCUAUGGGAAGUUCCCGGCCUUCUUAAAAGUGCCGCUGCGAAGCCGCUCAGCGAGGAAAACCGCGUCGCCUUUUUCAGGUCCGCCGGCGAUCUCUGGCAGGCGAUCAAGGACAUCCCGUCGUCGGUGAAAAGCUCUCUUGGCAACGUCGCCACUGCGGAAAACCUUGAGGCUUUUGCUAAAUCCGCUGUCGACUUCAUUCACGGCGUUCGCGAUAUUCCGCACGCCGCAGCCAGCGGUGCCAAGGACGUUGUCAGCGUGGAAAACUACGAUGCUUUCGCAAAGUCGUUGGUUGACUUUGCCAAAGCAGUCCGCGAGAUUCCGGGAGCCAUCGCGGACGGCGUGGACGACCUAAGACAGGCUCCAGGCGAUAUUGCGGUGGCAUUUCAGAAGCUACCUGGACAGCUGGCCAAGGCAUCCGGAGAGUUCAUGGGCCAGUACGAUAAAUAUAUUCCGGUGGGCUCCGACGGCAGGAAGAUCCUAGACUCGAUUUUCUUGAGCAUGCCGGUACGCAACAUUCACCUUCCAUUCUCCGGCCAGAGGAUUGGAGACGCCGUGGAGAAUGCCUGCCCGGCUUUGCUCAGCGCUUUCAUCGAAUAUAAGGAAGCGGAAAAUGCAGGACAGGCGGAACGAGGGCGACAGCAAAAGAGAGAAGUCUCGGGCGAGCUCGAGGCAUUCAGAAAAUCCAGCAGCCUGGGGAGACGACUCCAGCUCACCCCAGCAUGA